AGAAGCUCAACCAAAUGGCAAUUAUUGCUUCCUCUAAUGCUGCUAGGCAGCUUUCUUAUGCUGGAAAUCGGAACAGAUGCCCAGCUGAGUUCACAGAGCACUGGCUCGGAUCUGUCCAGUGUUCCCAGGAUACGCACAAAGCGCGGUAUAUUUUGGGACUUCUUUCAGAAAAUGUUCAUCACCAAGAAUCUGAUUGUCGAUCAAUAUACGGACACACGCAACACUCUCAACGACAUUUACAACACUGUCAAUGAGCAAUUCAGCGAUCCUGCGCCCGCUAAGCCCACGAAUCGACCGCGGAGUACAACAGAACGUUUGGUGAGUGCAUCAGAUGGGCUAAUUAAUGUAAUUGUAUCGGGAGCAUUGAGUAGCGAGGAUGGCGACAGCAGUGAGGACCCCACCACAACCACAGAGGCCUAUAAAAUCUCACGCUACGAGCUGGGCCGAAUCCUGGGGCGCAACUUUCGUGGUAUUCAGCGCUUGACUCAAACAGAGUUCCGUGAGGCACUGAAUGCAACACACUAUAAUUUGAAGGAGUACAAGGCAGAGGCGGACAAACAAUUUGCGAACAGCUUGGCCGUGGAGAAGAAGAACAAAAUCAAAAGCCUGAAGGGCUGAGUUCGGGCAGCGACCAGAAAGUGCCUCCGAUAGUUGUUUCUGUGAUGUGUCAGCAAUGUGCCUGUUUUAACAAUUAUUGCUUAGUUGAUGACUACUUGAAGUGGUUUAAUUCCUGGUUAUUGUUUUAUAUUUU